UGGCUAAAUCAGCUCUCAUCGACUGUUUGCAGGUCUGUGAAUUCCUACGCCUCGAUGCGAAGCUUGUAAAAAUUUCCUCUGCAACCAUACUAUACUAGCCUUGCCGCGAAGUCCAACAAAAGCCAAGCAUUUGUCAUGCGCAGUGUCAAAGAUCGUAAGGAGUCAUCGGUGCGGGCUUCGUCUCUGUUGCGAGUCACGACCGGCAAGUCACGGUGUAUAAAGUGAACAUCAUUAAUACCCAGCUCUCCUUCCUGUGUUGGACCUUCGUUGCAUCUUUCUACCACGCAACCGCCGCGUAUCAACCUUACUUAAACUCCGCCCCAGUGCAUCUCGCCUGCCUUCCUGUCUACAACGCCUCGCGGUAAUUUCGAACAAAGUAACGUCAAACCCGAAUCGCCCCGCCAUGAGCGCAUCUCCCACGCCAUUGAUUGGAGGCUUUCCCACCUCAGAAGCGCUUCUCCAGCACGACAUUUACUACAACAUCCUACUACGGAUAUUCGGCUCCCUGAAAGAGACGGUGCGAGACGCUUCUAACUUGGACGUUUCGUCGGAUGUUAAGCACCUUCGCGACCGCGUCAAGGCAAUCCGCGAAGAUUUUGGGAAGCAAUAUCAUAGUUACCUUCAAACCGCUGCAGGCAUGGACAACGCCAUCAGUCAUAUCGACGGCGUCUAUCCUGUCAUCACCCUCGCCAAGCAAAUGAAGGCCACCCUUGAAGGUGUCGAAGGGAUGUUGGAAUAUCGUCUUGCCCUACAUUUGGUAUGCAAGCGAAACAACGAUCUACAUUCGAAUAUCGACCCCCUGUUCGCCGAGUACUGUGAGAAGUUUGCGCCUCCAAAGGGGCUCACACUCAGCAAGGAUGAGCGCGCAGCCGUUCUGAAGCAAAUGUUAAGGGACCUCGCCCAGAUUGAGGAGAAACAUAAAGCCGCCAUGGAGAACACGUAUAUUGUGUGGAUUCUAGGGAACGACGAGAACAACUGUCGUGCUUUGGCUGAGGAUAAAUCUCUAGGGGUGUGGAAAACGCGCUUGAUAGAUGAUCUACGGAGUACCGAGGACGUAUACUUCAGGGUUUGGAGGGAGCAAAUGCGCAAGGCUCUGGGGCUAUCUGACCCUGGUGAACGGGUGUGAGUAGCCUGUUAUAUUGGGUGGCGCUGGGGGUGUCUUGCUUCCGAGUGUCUUGUUCUUGCGAUCUUGUUAUUUGAGUAAAUGUUCGGUUCUCUUUGGGUAAUCACUUGCUGAAUG